AUGAAAUCAAUCUUGAAUAAUAGAAUUAUAAUUAGUAUAUUUGUCAUUGCAUUUCUAGUCAUUCAAUCGUAUCCUCCAACAAGAUACUAUUACAACAAACAUCAACAACAACAACAACAACAACAAUCACCUUCACUCACCCAAGAAGAAGAAGAUACUAUUGAUAGUAUAUCUUUAGAAUCAUUACUAGCAACAGACGACGAACGAUUCGUCUGGCGUAUGUUCUCACCUACAGCUAUUGAAACAAAGUGUAGAGUUAAUUAUUAUUAUCAAAACGAUCUAUCAAAGAAUAUACAUUAUAUUCAAAGACAUGGACCGAUCUAUUGGAAUCAAGUUGGGGUAUCAACAUUGGUAUUAUUUAGAUUCCUUUUCUUUUCAUUGAUGGCUAUUGAUUUUUGGAAUGAACUACCACGUGCUGCAAACUAUUGGAGAGGUAUAAGUGAAUUUAACGUUCCUCACUUUACUAGUAGUAGUAGUAGUACACUCCUCUAUCUAACCAAUCAUCUACCACUUAUCAACGACACCACCUUUAUCAUUUGUGCAAUCACUGCAUUAUUCCUUUCAGUCAGGUGUGCAUUUGGUUUUGUUUGCACAACUAGGUUUGAGUGUUUAUUCAUUGCUACUAUCAAAGCAUGGAUGGUACUAUCAAGUCAAACUGAUAAUUAUCAACAUCAUUAUUUAUUGGUAUUGGUAUUAUUUAUACUUUCAACAUUAUCAUUUAAUUUCAACAAUGACAAAGAAAAGAAUAAUAUUAUCCAAUGUCCAUGGCAAAUAAGAUUAUUAUUUAUUCAAUUGUCAAUUGUUUAUUUUUGGACAUCUGUUGCCAAAUUAAAUGAGUCUUGGAUAGAUGGAUCGGUACUGCCACGUAUGGUCGGUCCUGAAUUUAAAGAGACGUUAGCAUCUGUCCUUGGUACAAUCUCACCAAUACUAGCUGACAACUCUAUGGCCAUUCUAUCCGUAUCAACAUUGGUUGCUGAAUUAUUCCUAGUCUUUGCUCUUCACAUUCCAUUCCUUUAUCCAAUUGUUUCAUUUACAGGUAUAUCAAUGCAUGUUUUAAUGGGAUCAUCUGGACUUCGAAUUGGAACAUUUUCAUAUUUCAUGACUUUGUUUUAUGUAUUUACAUUACCAAGACAAUUCUCUGAUUUAUUGGUUGGUUUUGGGUUAAAGGUAUACAAUACCAUCAUUCAAUUGGUCAACCUUGUCUCAAUACCAAGAAAUAUUGUAUCAUCAUUAUUCAUUACAAUUGGUUCAGUUGGAUUAAUAUACCAAUUUAUUCCAGACCCCUACACCAACUUGUUCAUCUCAUCAUUGGUAGUUGUAAUAGUCUAUUCAUUUAUUACAUCAUUACCAUUAUUCAACAACAACUCUGAGAAAUCAUACUACUCUUCAACACUAUUCACACAAUGUAUAUUCACAUUCAUGACAAUACUAUUUAUAUUGUAUUUAUCAAUCUCUACACCUCAUUUAAGAAAAAUUUAUCAAGAAAAGGGAAGUAUUGCAUUUAGUGCAUCAAAUUAUCAACUUGCAAUUGAUAAUUAUUUAAUUGCAGAAAGAUUAGGUGAUAGAGAGAUAAAGGGAGGGAUUGGUAGAUUGGUUGCAAUGGAUGGUAAUGAGGAGUUUGAAUUUGUUGGAGACUUGGGAUUGUUUUUAGAACAUUUUAAUCGAUGGAAUGAAGCACACAACCUCUACACCAAAUAUGCUCAACAGUAUCCCAGUCAACUUAAAUUCCAAGCUGGUCUCAUUCGAUACUACAACCAACACGGUCAAACAAAAGAAUUGUGUGCCACAAUACCAACGGUCAUUGAAUUGGCACAAAAUGAACUAUCACAGCAAUGUCAUAGUGUUGCAUGCAGUCGAUCAAAAGGUCAUGCUAAAUAUGUUCUCCAAAUAGCUCAAUCACUUGCCAACAAUAAUAAAUGUCACAAUUAA